CGGCGGCCCUGGACGUGCGGGGGACCCUGUGGGCCGGUCGCGGCUCCUCGGCCCUGCCCUCUCGCUCCUGCGUUCGCUCCCGCCCUCCCGGCGCUCGGGGCGCUGCGCGCGGGCCCGGCCCGGGGCAGGGCGGACAUGGGCGCCAAGCAGAGCGGCCCGGCCGCCGCUAACGGCCGUACCCGCGCUUAUUCGGGCUCGGAUCUACCUUCCAGCAGCAGCGGAGGGGCCAAUGGAACCGCGGGCAGCGGCGGUGGGACUCGGGCGGCGGCCGCGGGCAGGUUUCCGGCUCAGGUGCCCAGCGCACAUCAGCCCAGCGCCUCGGGCGGCGCCGCGGCGGCCUCGGCAGCCCCAGCAGCCCCGCGUAGCCGCUCCCUCGGCGGGGCCGUGGGGAGCGUGGCGUCGGGGGCCCGCGCCGCGCAGUCCUCCUUCAGCAUCCCCAAUAGCAGCAGCGGUCCGUACGGCUCGCAAGACUCGGUGCACAGCAGCCCCGAGGACGGCGGCGGCGGCGGUGGCGGCAGAGACCGGCCGGCGGGCGGGGGCCCCGGCGGGCCGCGCCUGGUGAUCGGCUCCCUCCCAGCUCACCUCUCGCCGCACAUGUUUGGAGGAUUUAAGUGCCCUGUAUGCUCAAAAUUUGUACCCUCCGAUGAAAUGGAUUUGCACCUUGUGAUGUGUUUAACAAAGCCAAGAAUAACCUAUAAUGAUACAAUCCAGCCUUCCAGGCAGUUAAGAUUCUCAUUGGAUUAUUUCACAUUUCAGCUGCUUUUGUUUUCUACUGCUAUCAUUGAGGGUUCAAGAACAAAAAAUAAGUCUUCAGAGGAUGUGCUGAGUAAAGAUGCUGGGGAAUGUGCAAUAUGUCUUGAAGAAUUGCAGCAGGGAGAUACUAUAGCACGACUGCCUUGCCUAUGCAUAUAUCAUAAAAGCUGCAUAGAUGAAUGGUUUGAAGUAAAUAGAUCUUGUCCUGAGCACCCUUCAGAUUAAGCAUCAGAUUCCUGUUUUAUAGGUUUUCUUGUCUUUUGAAGAUAUUGAAAAAUCUAGAGGAUUUGAGGAACUGUCUCUGGAAAAACAAAAAAUGCAGGCUUACUCAGCCAGAAAUCUGGGUUCUGUGAGACUUGGUAAUACAGAGAUGGACAAUCACACAGGAAAAAAGAAAAAAAUAAUCCUGCUGAAGAGAGGACAGUAAUCACAGAACUCAGUGUACCAAACUUGCAUAUAAGGGACACACAGGGAUUUUGAAAAUGCUGCAUAUCCCUUAAUAGUCAUCUACAUAGGUAAUACUGGUGAACAUUUUGUAUUCAGACGCCAAAGUUAACUGAUUUAAAAGUUGAUUUACUUUUUAUUCAGUUCUCUAGAGCUGCACAACUAGCUGUUUUGAUUUGUUUUGUUUUGUUUCUUUAGUUUGGGGUCUCUUUAAUUCCCCCAACAUAAUGUUUCUGCAUUCACUUAUUCUUAAAUUGAAAAACCAUAUAAGUUACUUCUCAUAAAUUAAAGUCUUAAAUGUGAAACCAAGAAAUGUAAUCAAGCAGUAAAACAUUCUCUGAAUGUAGACCAUGAUCUCAAGUUCUUCCAUUCCCCCCGCCCCCAGUGUGGAAAACUAAUUUCUACAUAGGAAAACUAAAAUAUGUGUAUGUUUUUAAAUUAAAGGUUUAAUAUUAUCAGAAUGCCACCCAAAGAGUAAAUCAAGUUACAUAAUUACAUUUUAAUUAAAUAAAUGUAGAAAUUGUCUACUGAAUUGUAGUUUAUGAAAUAUAUUGUUUCCUCUUAAAUAAAACUGCUGAACAUUUAAUCAGCAGUCAAUCAUCUUGCAGCUAUGCAACUUUUAAAAAAAUACAAAUUAUCCAUUUUAAGUGCUGCCGGCCAUAACUGUUUUAACGGGUAUUUUUUGUUUGUUUUUUUCUUUUUCAUGUAAUUAUUUUAUUGUGCUUUGCAUCUCCAGGCAGUUUUCCCAUAUUUGGGUAAAAUGUGUAGCAGGUUAUACACUUAAUAAUUUAUGAAAAGAAUAAAACAAAAAUUUCUGGAGUGGAAGUUGGCCCAUUUUUGAGGGAUAUUUUAUAUACUUUUAAACAUCAGGAUUUAAUUGGGUGUCAGAUUUAUAGCAAUUUGCAUCUUUAAUUUUCCAGAUAAUCUGGAGGUUAGCAUUUGAUAAAUGAUUUUUUAAAGCAAAUACAAAGAUUUUGUUAAUUUAUAAUUUUUUAAUGUGUUAUUACUGUAAUUGAAAAUGUUGGAGACUUUAAAUUGGGUCUUGUGUAGGAAAAAAUGUAUUAAGCCAAAUUAUGUGAAUAAAUAUUCCCCCAAAAUAUAUCUGAAUGGUUAAAAAUACUGGAAGAGAGCUAUUAGGGCUACAAUAGUGAAUGUCUUUUAAAUAUAUAUAUAUAUGUAUAUGUAUAUAUAUAUAUAUAUAUAUAUAUAUAUAUAUGUCAAUAAUACCAAUACCAAUAAGUAGAUUUUGCAUUUUCAACAUAGGGAAAAUGUUAUCAGUAAAUAUUUAGGCAGUGCACUUUACUUAGUUUAAUUGAAAGUUUCACAGUACUAUUUCCUUAUUUUAAGCUCUCCUUAAUGUAUUUAUUUGCUUUUUAAUUUAACGCUGCUGCUCUUAUCUUCCUUUAGUUUGUUUCCCUACUUUAUUGCUUCUGUUUCAUAUUUUCUAAAAGGGCAAGUACAGGAGCAACUGCUGCUACCCAGAAAAAUUUGUGUAUUAUGAAUAAUUAAAAGAAUUUUUAAUUGCUUUCUGUAUGAUUUCAGACUAGAUAACAUUUUCCCUAAAGUUAUGCUGUGAAAAAUGCCUUUUGUUAUGCUGCAAUUGCUAAAAAGAAUCCAAAACCUCCAUUGUGACAGCCAACAGCACAGUUUCAUAGGUGCUUUUUAAAUAGUUGUAGAAAAUUAUUUUCCCUCAAGAGAAACAUUCUUCCCUUAAAUUUUUUUUCAUGAAAUCUUGGUUUGAAUCCAUUUAUUUCACGUUUUCAGUUGUGUAAGCUUUCACACCCUCCCCUCAUGUUCCCCACAGGGAAAGCCUCUUAGACUGUGAAUAAUUAAUUUGUUUUCUACUACUGGUAUAUUGUGAUAAGAAUUACUUUGUUGUCUUCCAUUCUUAAGAGAUUAAUACAGCUGUGGUAAUUAACUGUUUAUAUUCUCCUGAAAAUUGAUUUUCUGAUAUAGCUUACUUGUGAACUUUACUUUUUGAACUGUACUGGCUUACGUUCACUUUUCCUUCUUCACCUUGUCCCAUAUUCUCAGUCUUAAUAAUUUAGCCUAUGUCUGUCAUAAGGCUCUGUGCUGCAGCUGCUACAAUUGAAGCUCCUGGGGUUUUAAAGAAAGUUUUAGUGUUUGUCAGUGUCAAUGCUACUUUGAUUAUUAAUAUUGUAUUUACUGAAAUCUGUUUAAAACAACCCCUUUUUGUUAAAAUUUACAAAGUUGUCAUUUUUAUUUUAAAUUCAAUCUCUGAUGACUUCCUAAAAUGAAUAAUUUAGGGAAGAGUGGGGGUUUAAAACUGAAAUGCUCCAGUUUUUAUUCAAAAUCGAAGUCAUUAUUCUGGAAAAUACUAUCAGUGAUAUUCUAUAAUGUCUCAUAAUAUUUGUCAAUCUGUAUGCAAACAUGGAGUAGCUUAAGUUAGAUAUUUAAAUAUUCAGCUGAAACUACUGAACACUAAAUACUAUGGAGAUUGAAAGCCUGGGUUGUCAAGUUGGUUAUAACUUUCUAGAAUCUCUGUAAAUACCUGUCUUCAAAUAAGGUUACAUGUGCGUAUAUAGAAAGCAAUAUGUUCUUAAAUUUCACUUUAGUGCCACUUUUUGUCCAUAAUGGAUUUAUUGCCAAUUUUGACAUCCUAUUUUGAUCCAUCUUUUUUAUUUUUUGCUGUUUGCCAGAAUGUUUAAGAGACAAAAAUUGUUUUGUCUUACUCCUUGCUCUUUGCCAGAGAAGUAGACUAACCGUAGUCUUCAUGUUUUGCAGAUUUAGUUACAAAUCAGAUAGAUCUAUAGAUUAAGAGCCAUGUUUAUGAUUGAAAUAAAAACAAUCAUUUCUAUAACUGAUUUUUGGUGAUAGAAGAAACAUUGAAAAGUCAUGUUGUUUACUGCUGCAUAAUAUAUAGGUUUUGGCUUCUUAAGUGCAAGUCUUAUAUUCCUUUUAAAUGAUUAUUGCAGUUUUUACCCACUAGACACUUUACUAGAAUGUAGCCCCAAAAUGAUGAGGACCACCUCAGCCUAUCUGCAGUAUGUAUUUCAAAAAGUUUUCAUUUUAAAUGAUUUCAUGAAAAUGGAAGAAUUCUGUUCAAAGCUUAUUUGACUCAUGGCUGUGUUUCUAAGUUUGGGUAUGGCGAAGUUUAAGGGCAAUCACUUACAUUAACGUAUUAUAGCAAGACAUAGGGUUAUUCCUUUAAAUGAAAAAUACUGUAAAUUCAGUGUAAAUAUUAACUACUUUUAUGUACUGACUUGGAGAGUGGAAGAGGGGAAUUUUCUCAACAAUAAGCUAAAUUUGAACAAAGCAUGAAACUUUUUUAAAAUUCAAGAAUUGUUGGAUUUACCACCUAAUUUAUACCCGCACUAUGCAUUGAUAAUAAUAUCCAAAUCAUCUUUUUCUUUCACAGAGGAAGUUUCCAUAUAAAUUAGAGUGUUGGAAACUGUGUAAAACUACUUAGAGGUAAAUGGUGCUUAUUAAAUAUGAGUACAGUUUGUUGCUAGAAGUCUUCUAGUUCAUUUGGGCCAUUUUCUUGCAAUUUUGAUUAAUCCUGAAGUAAACUCAGUAUAUAUUGAUAAUGAGUGAUUAAACAUGAAGUGUCACUUGUUCACUGUACCUUGUUAUACAGAUAUUUUCUUACUUUAAAAACAAAAAACAGAAAGCUAGCAUGUCUGUGCUUUGUUUUUGGCCCAUUGUGUUUUUCCUGAGGUAUGUAACUUCGGAUAUUUUUUUUUUUUUUUUUUUUUUGCAGUGUUGUGAAUGACAGUAGUUAUAUUGUUCAUUUUACUAUCUACUGUCUUUCCCUUCUCUACCCAGAUCUUUUCAUUCCAAAACUGAGUUGCUACUUGGUUUUCUUCAGAGGAAAGUACUACUUGGUAUACAGGUAGUGAUUUAUAUUCAGGAAUAGCUGGUAAAACUUUUUUGGUAAUAAUUUCCCAAACAAUACUUGAGUACCAUAUUCUGUGAAUGCUGCGCUUAAGCUAGGAAACCGAAUUUUUUAAUUUUAAAUCACCCCAUUCCUGUUUUAAAUGGGAAAUACCUGGACUUCUAAGUUAAUUGAUUUUCUGUGGACAGUAAAAGACUUUGAAAAAACCAGAUAUAUUUAAUUAUUUAGUUUUAGCUGAAAAUGUAAUGUUACUGUACUUAGAGGAAUUGUUUGAUUUUCAGAUAUUUAAGCUAUCAUUAAUUUUAGACCAAUGGCUAAUAAUGAGAUAGAUUUUUGUUUUUUAUAGAGAGAGAACAGCAUGGCAUGAACUAAUAUCCAGAAAUAAAGGAAAAUUUUUAAGUGAUACUAUAGUAACCAUUAACCACACUGUGUUUCUUAGCUCUAUUCUGGAAAAUGAGGUGUAUCUGUCAGGACACCAAGUCUUGGCAUCAGAAGUGACUGAAUUUUCCUCUAACUGAAUGCUCAUGCCUUCCUUUUCUGAUUUGGUAUGUUGAAAUUGGUGUGCACUGAUCAUUUGUUUGAUAAACUUACAGUGCUGCCUUGUAUCCUGUUAUCAGUAUUUUUUAAAUAUUUCAUUAUUAGUCAGUUUUGAGUAUUUGGGUGCAUAUAACAUAGUUAGCAGACUCUAUAGGGAGAUACAAAAGGUACAUUGGAAUUUGAUGAUGAUACUGAUUAUCACUUCAUUACAUUUCUUUCCUGUGACUUUUUUUGUGAGUUUCAUUGUGAAAAUCAUGGUAAUGAUAUUUACCUCUGUUGCUUUAUUGCUUUAUUCAUGGUUUCCACAACUCUUUUGUAAUACCUCUUAAUUUCCUCUAUUUGAAAGUAUUUUUCUGUUAAAUAAGGUAUAAGAAGUACCAAUCACAACAAAUAGAGAAAAUGUGUUAGGAACAACUUGUAUUAGUGUGUUCUAAACUAAAAUGGAACAAUUCAUUAUUGAUAUUUUAAUAAAUAAACUUCCAAAUGAUCUUGGUAAAUUAUCCCAUUAUUUAGAAGUUAAGAAAAUAAUGCUUUCAAGGAAAAUUGUCAUAUUAUCCUUCUUUGUCCAUAAGUUGAUAGUGUAUUAUAAUAAAACAGAAAUAUCUGAGUGCUGUAAAGUUACCAUGAAUUAAUUGAUGUUAUUGCUUCUUUAAUUUUGUAUACCCAUUACCACAAAAUUGAAUCAAAAAUUACUACUUAAAAUUCUGUAACAGCUUAAGAAAUGAUUGUAGUGGUAAUGGACAAAGAGAUUUUUCUUCAUUACUUUAGUUAUAAGUAAAAUUGUACUUUAAAGUUUCUAAUGUAAAACCUGCCUGUAAAUUUUAUAAUUGAAAUAUGAUUGAAGAGCUGUUAAGUCUUUAAAGGGAUGCUCUGCUAGUACACAGUCAUAACUUUUAAAAGUUGUAUUUAGUAGCAUUCUGCUGUUUUAGAAGAGUAAUAAAUCUUUGGAAGCACAGUUUUCAUGAUAUAAGAGGUACUGAAUUUUGUGGUAUAGUAAUUAAGAACCCAAGUUCUAGAGCCAGAUGGCUGGACAUGGGGCAAGAUUUCUCUGUCUUCACCUUUUUCUUUAAAGAGGCAAUAGCAAUUCCUAUAUCAGGGUUCUAGUAUUAAGUGGGAAGGUACAUAUAUGCAAUACUAGACACAUAGUAAACUCUUAAUAAUGUAGGUGGCUAAAAUAAACAAAAACAUUUGUGCCGUUUUUAUGAAUAGGUUUUUGUUAUUCUGUUCAAUCAUGAAGUGUGAUAGUAAUACCUAAGACCUUAACUGAUGUGUUUAAAGAAGCCAGUGUAUUAAUAGAAAACAUUGUGGGUUCUGAUUUCCACACUCAUAAAAAUCUAGUGACUACUGUCUACUGUACAUUAAGCAUUAUACAAUUUGUGCAUGGCUAGGACCAAGAAUAUAAAAAUGAAAGGUGGCUGCCCUUGAGGAACUUUAUAGUGGGUGAAGCCAAUAAAUAAACAAGCAUGUAAGGAGAGUGACACAUGCUGACAGACGUAAACACAAGGUGUUUUGAAGAUAUGAAGGGGAGUUAUUUAACUCAGGCUAAGCAAGAGAAUGAUAAGUCAUCAAGAACAAAUAGAUCAUACCUCCAAGAGAUGUGGAUAAAGAACAUGCCAAGUGGGAAGUUUGGGGAUGGUGUUCCUAAGGCAGAAAACUUUGUACAUAACCAAGAUGGAGAAAAGCAUGACAGUCUUGGAGAGUUAUUCUGUCUAGAGAAGUAAGCAAAUAACAAAUCUUGCAGAGAUGUGUACACCAAAUUAUGAUUGACUGAUUUUAGAAAGGAAAAAGACAAUCACAUAUUUCAGGUUAGACAGGAUAGGAUUGGAGGCAGAACUGUUAGGAAAUUUAUAGUAAUUCAAAUAAAAUGAUAUAUGCUCUAGAUUAUGAUUUCCUACCCAUUUUAAUGCACCUAUUUCAAUUUCAUUGAAAUAUUCACAGAAUUAAAAACUUGAGACUUAAUGGGUUAAAGAUUUAUAGAGUAGAACUGACUCAUUUUUUAAUUCAUUUGCAUAUAAGGAAUGAGAGACAAGCCCAGGACAACUUCUAGUUGUACUCUUUCCACCUCUUGAAAGAUUGAACCUCUACCUGGCAAAAGUGGAUUAUGCCAGUUUAUUGGGUGGAUAAUUAGAAAUAAGGAACACCAAUUGUAAACUGAAGGAAUUUAAUCUUAAAUUGGAGAUAGAGCUUUGAGAGAGAAACCAGACAUGAAUAUUUUGACAAGUUGUGAAAAAGCAGGAAGUGUGAUAAAUGUGUGUUGUUUUAGGGUUUAGGUAGUGUCUAGACCCAAAUAUUGCCAACACUGUUAGCAGUAAUUGUUAAUUCACAAAAAUAGUUAGACAGUGUUCAGUUUGGUGGAGUGGGACCUUUCCUAGCAUUCCCCUCUGCCCCUAACUUCAGAUGCCUGUUGGAGUAGGGCCAUGAUUUUCCAGAGUAGCUUAAUGAAAUACUAAGAUGCACUCAUUCUUGAAGUUUUGUCUUUGAUUUGUUUAUCCCAGAUGUUUGCAACAGAAAGAGCUACUGUUGGAACCAGAGUCUCAUAGAAAAAGAUAUAUGGAAAAGAUGAAUUCUGCCAUCCUGAUGGAAGUUGCUGUUGUGGAUAGGUUGGGCUAAGUGGAAGGAGGGACCAAAAGAAAUUUAAUACUUCUUGGAAAGCUACCAUUUGCUGCCAGCUAUAUCAUGAUCCUUAUUUUGUGAAAGACAGGAAUAAGGACUGCUUAAUUUAUAUUUAUUUCUUGGAGGAACAGCAACUUUGGGAUACCCUUGUGGCUUGCUGGAGGAAGCACCUCUCCCCAGUGAUUACCCAAAUACAGUAUGGCCAUGGGAACACCAAUUUAAAUUUUUACAAGUUUCUCCAAAUUGUUGAAGAGAUUCUCUUGCAGGUAUCCUGUGACUUCAGGACAGGAAAGCCUGUGAGCAUAAUCGAAACUUAAUGCCUGAUAUAUAUAUCCUAAAAUGUUAAAACCCCUGUGUUCAUAUUUCAUGAUUUAAGAUUUGAUUCCUGCAUAAAAAUGCUUUUAAGAUUACUUUUCUGAAGUACCUUAAUGAUGCUAUGAUUAUAAAAGUUUUAAAAUUCUGCCAUAUAGUGCCUUAUUCCUAUGAUGACAUUUUCUGUAAACUUUUGAAUCCACUGUUCAUUAUUUUAUGAAAUUUAAAGAUUUGCUAACCAAAAGAUACCUUUUGAAGAAAGUCAUUUUGAGAUUUUAAUGCUUUGAUUGGCUUGAUCACUUAGUAGCUAUGCGACUAGUAGGGUAACAACAUAGACUGCACAGUAUUAACAGUGUAAAUUUAUAUUUCAGAAAAAUGCCAAAUAACUGUACAUCAUGAAUUGAAAGUAGCUCCUUAAUACUUAAAUUGGAAUGUUACAAAAUCUGUUAAUGCUAAUGAUAUUACCUAAAUAUGUAAAUGAUAUUGAUCAUGUUAAUCUUCAGUUGAUCUGUUGUUGGAACUCAAGCAUGGCAGAAGCCUUCCUGGGCUAUUUAAAUACACAAGCUGUUAUCAUUUUAGCAUGUAAUCAGUAUUUUUAUCAGGUGUUAUGUUAUAUUUUUUUCAGUCUUUGAAAUCUGCUGUGUGUUCUUUACUUAACAGCCCAUCUCCAUUUGGAACCAGCCACAUUAUAAAAGUUAGGUGACCAGUGACUACUAUAUUGGACAGCACAGGUCUGGAUGACUUUACUCUAGGAAUCUUUUUGACUCCAAUCUUUAUCUGUACCUGAAUAUUUCUGAAGACCUUGUAAUUCCAACGUUGUUAAGAUUCUUGGUUCUCUUUCAAAGUUGAUGUAAUUAUUACACAUGCACAAUACUUGUGUUAUAUUAUUAUUAAAUUGAGGUCGUUUCUUAAAACUGGAAAUAUCUUUAAAAAGAUUGAGGAUCUAGUGAAUCCUUUUUAUGUGCAUUCACAGACAGCCCUGGCUUUCAUUGUGAUUAUUGUUUUUUGGUGAGGGCACACAGGCUUUGAUUAACUGGUCAGUUUCAGUUAGGAGUUGGUAUGUUUGUUAGCACUUACCUACUGGUCAGCAGGAACUGUGAACAGUGCUGAUCAGUAAGUUCUAGUCAGAUUUUUCCCCUGGGGUUGAGUUCUGUUGGGGCAUUUUCAUGAAUUUCAUACCUUCUAGCUAUAGUUGACUUUCUGCCAUGACCAUGCUUUUAAACUGUUCAGCUUGAUCAUGAGACCCUUUGUCACAAAAUGGGAGUACUCUGCAAAAUGCAGCUUGAGAGGCAAAAGUCAGUCAGGUUCACAAUAUCUUGAGUCAGAUGCUGCUUGAUUUGCCUAGGGAUUCUAUGCUCAGCCACCAUGGUGAAUAGAGUCAGGUAGAGAUUGGCACGGAGUUGGUAUAUAAGGUUGGGCUACACACUGGGAAAGGGAACAUUAUGUACUUCUGCUUUAGGAUUUCCAUGAGCCAGUGAUCCUUGACACUUGAAACAUGAGAUUGAUUCAGGAGAAAGAAGAGAAUACAGAGGCACUCUUUAAAUCUGUUAAGGCCUUGAGCAAACCCCAGAGAUUUCUAAGUUAAUUGCCCUGGUGCGGUUCUGUUGUACAGCUAGUGUACAGCUAUCUAGGGUUUUUCUCACAUAGACCAAAAAAUACAAGGUAUCCACUCAUGAGGAGGAAAGGGUGUCCAACAGUGUCUCAGACCUCUGCAGCCAAGUUUUUGGUAUAUCCCUUUUAAAUCUCUUUCAUGCUUUCAGAUUCUUGACUUUGGGUGAGAAAAUUGCUCUGAAAAUUUCAUGACUUCUUCCCAACUCUGGGUCAUAGAAUAAAACUGCCUGGUUUAGCUAGUCUCUGAUCCUUGAUUUGCACAGCAAAGUUUUGUGGGUUCCUAAAAGUCCUUCGAAGAAGGACUGCAGAAGUUGGCUCUGGAUAGGAGCCUGAGAGUCAAAGGGCUUGGAUUAAUCAGAGCCAACUUCUACAGUCCUAUCUCUUCCUUUGGAUUUUAAAAAACUCAGCUUUGGCCCUCAACUGAGCAACAGUGUUUAUAAUAUCCUCAUAUCUCUUGCCCCUAAUCCUAAAGCAGUGCCUACCAGCCAGGUAUCAGAGCAAGUUUCAUAAGCAACUGGGAACACAAGAACGUAAGUAAUCAGGAAUGAAAAGUAUAGCAGUUAAUAAUUCAAAAGUAACAUUUUAUACACUCAUAUCAGUUAUUAAAAAGCACUGAGGCUGAAGUAUAUAAGUAACUGCAGUCUGAUUUUCAUUCUUUAUGUUGGUUAUCUUCAAAAGUCUUUAUACUGUGAAGAACAAUGUGUGGAAUGUGUGGGUGUUAUUUGAACUAGAAUGCAGGGUUAAUGGAAGUGUUGGUUCAUUUAUUCAGCAUAUAUCUAUUGAAUAUUUGAUAGUUGUAAGAUACUGCAUAUAUAUUGGGAAAAAUGAUAGCUGUGAAGUUUAAGGCUCAGUAUUAGUAGCAGAAGGAUUGAUCAUCAGUUAUAGUAGAACAAACAAGUCACCUGGAUGUUUGAAAUAUAUAGUUCUGGGUAAGCAUUGUGUCAGAUGUCACAGGAAUAAGGUCAUUAAAGUCAUGGGAAAGCCCUUUUUUGGUUAUGUAAUGGUUUCAUACCUUGCGCCAGGCUAAAGCAAAGGUGAGAGCAGGUGCUAAUUACCACAAGCUCCAGAAUUGCAGCAGAGCCACCCAGCCAGAUUUUUUAGACUCUUUCCAUGUUCAGAAGCUUGUUUCCUCAGUCAGCACAGUGUUAUAUUUUUAAUCUUCACUGCUUUUUCCAAAGCAACUUUACUCUAGUUGUAAUUUACACACAACAAAAGCACCCAUUAUAAGUUUGCUAACUGAUCAUUCUGGACAGAUGUAUGUACCUGUAUAACCAUGACAACAACCAAAGUAGAGAAUGUUCACCCUCAAGUUACCUCAGGUCCCUUUAUAGUGGGUUCCUACCCAUCUACUCUCAAGCCCAGGCAGCCACUGAUCUGCUUUAUGUUCUGUUUAUAGGUGAAAUUUGGUGUUUUUAUAUUUGUCUAAGUCUUACUUUGCUCAGCAUAAUAUCUCUGGGAAGCAUCUAUGUUGUUUGCUCAGUAGUGUUCUGUUGUAUGAAUGAAUAUACUACACUGUUAUCUUUCUAUUGGUGGGGGCCUGGGCUAUUUUUAGUUGGGGACUAUUAUGAAUAAAGUGGUUAUGAACAUUUGUAUACAGUCUUUGUAUGAACAUGUGAUUUCAUUUCUCUUCAAUAAAUUACUAGGGA